ACUAAGACUUCCCUUCACUGUCGCAAGGAAGCAUGUAAUACAGUAAGGAGCUUUCAGUGGAUCUCUGAAUCCCAGUCUUAGUGCACAAAUUGUAAAGUCCGUGUGAAGACAGGAGCAGUCAUAACAUCAUCCUGUCAGACACAGCUGUUUUGACAAUUUGCAUUUCUUAUUUUGCUAGAAAGCUGAAGAGAAGCCAGAUGAAGUGAUAGCAGGGAAGAACAUUAUGAAGACAGAGCAUGGAAUUAUGGUGAACAGUAACCAACAUAACCUGUACAUUUUGCAUCCAGUGAUCCAAAGAGACACUAAAGUACACAGAGUGGGUUCAGUCACCUUCUUGGUUGGAAAGACACCCAAAGAAAUCCGCAGGAGACAAUUUGAGGAAAUUGUAUCCCACUUUAAAAUGGGAUCUGUGGAAGAACUUGCAGAACAUAUUGCAAAGGCUACAUCAGAAUCACGGCAGAAGUUGCUGAGGGAAUUUUACAUUUCAAGGCAUCCAGAAAUUGAGUCUUUGUUUCCAGUGGAAGUACCAGCACAAGCUGCACAUGCCUAUGAAGAAGGAAAUGCGGCUGCAAGAAAAUCAAGGAAAAGAAAAUGUGUUGUUAAUUUUGGAAGAUGCAAGUCUGGACCUUCAUCAGCUAAAGAAUUUCUUCUGAGUGGAACUACAGAACUGCAGAACCAGCAAAGCUGUGAAGUAGAACAAUUUCACAAUGACUCUUCCUUGCAAGAUACUACAUGUGUUGAUGUGAAACAUAAACAAUCACCCACUGUUGCAACUCAGCAUACUGAGAGGAGUAAAAAUCAGGCAUUCAAGGAUUUUAUAGCAUCUGGUUCAUUAAACAGUAAAUCGGAAAUAAUUGAGGUGCUGUCUGUAAAAAGCUCUGAAGAACAGCAAGACCCAGAAGUAGCAGGGCUGCCAAGAAAAAGAUCCAUGUCUCUGUCAGAAAACAGGGAGAGAAGAGCUAAGGCUGACAAAAAGUCUGUUCUUGGCUUACUUGGAGAUACCUCUAUUCUCAAUGUUCUCUUUAGAAAUAGUGAGGAGAAAACUACAGAAUCACCACGGAGAAUUGCUUCAGGGCAAAUAGAAAAAUCAAAGGAGAGACCAAAAGAUUUCUGGGACAUGCUGAAUGAGCAGAAUGAGGAGAGCCUCAGAAAGCUCACAGACAUGACAGUUAUAGAGGAGCUAUGUGAAAGAGCACCUCAUCCACCAUUGACAGAAAAAAGAGAGGUGUGUGAAAAUUCUCUUUGGAAAAAAAAUGAAAGCUUUCUAUGGAGAAAAUACAGUUCAGAUGAUUCAGAUGAACCAUCUUCUGCUGCAUCUUUUAACGUAGUAAAAUGAUAGUUUUCUACAUGAGUUGUGCUAGAAUUAUUUUAUUAGUUAAAUGAACAUUAUAAUAUAUACAACUUCAGCAAUAUGUGGUGAAACAUGGUACCUCCGUAAAUUUGAAGGCGAAGUGAUGAAUUCCUAUUUAUAAUAACCUCAAUUUACAUUUUACAUUGCCUGUACUGUAUAUUAUUACUAAGCUAUGACAAACUAAAUUGAGAUAAAAUUAUUUUUAAAUGUUUUGAGUGCA